AUGGAAGCACCGCACAUUCAUCCGCCAAUGGACGUCCAUGAGCCCGCCCCGCCGUCCCCGCUCUUCUCUGACAUUUCCCCACACUUCCCACUGUCCAUUGCGGACGCCGGCGCCGGCGCGCUGGACCUCUCCUUCACCUCCACCGCCUCCGCAUCCACCUCCUCCUUCACCACCGCCACCACCUUCAGCGCGCGGAGCUCGCUCUCCCUGCCGUCCUUCUCCUCCUCCACCUCGCUCUCGCCGCGCCCGCACUCGUCGUCCACCUCCCAGCACUGGACGCACCUCGCAGCCGCCCGCGCCGCCACACCGGACGGCGUACUCCGCCUUGCCCACCUCCACCUCGUCCGCGAGCUCGGCCAGGGACACCUCGCGCGGGUCUUCCUCUGCCGCCUCAAGUCCUCCCCGCCGGCCUCGCCGCUCUUCGCGCUCAAGGUCGUCGACCUCCGAGACGACGAUCCCUCCCGUGUCUGCCACGUUCUCGCCGAGUCUCGCGUCCUCUCGUCGCUCGACCACCCAUUCGUGCCCACCCUCUACGCGCGCCUCGACGCCGGACGCUACGCCUGCUUCCUCAUGGACUACUGCUCCGGGGGCGACCUGCACUCGGUGCUCCGCCGCCGCCCCGGAGGCCGCCUGCCCGUCGCAGCGGCCAGGUUCUACGCCGCCGAGGUGCUGCUCGCUCUGGAGUACCUGCACGUGCUCGGCUUCGUGUACCGCGACCUCAAGCCGGAGAACGUGCUGCUCCGAGGAGACGGGCACGUGGUGCUCUCCGACUUCGACCUCGCGCUCCCGGCGUCCGUGGAGCCCGCCGUCCGCCGGCGCCAGGUGCGGCAGCAGAGCCAGCGCCGCAAGAGGAGCCUCCUGCCGUCGUGCUUCUCUUCCAACCGCGGCAGCGACGAGGACGACGUGGACGCGAAGGAGCGGUUCGAGUUCGUGGCCGAGCCGACGGCCGCCAACUCCAAGGACUGCGUGGGCACGCACGAGUACCUGGCGCCGGAGCUGGUGAGCGGGAACGGGCACGGCAACGGCGUGGACUGCGACGACGACGACGCCGCGCCGCCGCCAGUCCGCCAUGGUGACGCCGGGCAGGGUCCAGCAGGGGCGCCCGCGUCAAGGAGGAGAAGGCCAACGACGACGAUGGCAGCGACGACGGCGACGACUUCAACCCUUUUCUUUUUUAGAUUAUGUUAA